UAACCAAAAAAUUGUUAUUAAUUAUUCAAAAUUUAAUUUCUAAAUUAAAAAUGGAGAAUUGGCAAUUAAUAUCUCUUUGGCUAAUAAUAUCUUGUUUGAUACUUAACGAAGCAAUUCAAUAUUCGGAGAACGAUUUAAUAUGCACGUUUGAAAAAGGUACCACGAGAAAAGCAGCUGCAAAUGGAGACUUGGAGUUAUUAAUAUAUGCUUAUGAAAAUGGAUGUGUAUGGGAUGAAGAUACAACUAUAGUUGCUGCUGCAAAUGGUAAUUUGGAAUGUUUAAAAUAUGCCCAUGAAAAUAAGUGCCCAUGGGAUGUAAGGACAACAGAAGCCGCAGCUGCUAAUGGUAAAUUGGAAUGUUUAAAAUAUGCUCAUGAAAAUAAAUGUCCAUGGAAUGAAAGUACAACAGAAUCAGCUGCAAAAUAUAAUUCUUUAGAAUGCUUAAAAUAUGCUUAUGACAAUGGCUGUAAAUGGAAUAGAUUCAAUAUUAUUACAAGUGCUAUAAAAAAUGAUAAUUUAGAAAUUUUAAAAUAUUCAUACAAAAAUGUACGUGAAUUGGAUAUAUUUCUAACUACUCUAGCUGCCUCUGAAGGUAGUAUAGAAAUUUUAAAAUACGCAUAUAAAAAUGGAUUAUCGUGGGAUGAAAAAACAAUAAAAGCAGCUGCUGCAAAUGGUAAAUUAGAAUGCUUAAAAUAUGCUCAUGAAAAUGGAUGUCCGUGGGAUGGAAAAACAACAGAAGCAGCUGCUGCAAAUGGUAAAUUAGAUUGUUUAAAAUAUGCUCAUGAAAAUGGAUGUCCGUGGGAUGAAAGAACAACAGAUGCAGCUGCAAAAUAUGAUAACAUAGAAUGCUUAAUAUAUGCUUAUGAAAAUGGCUGUGAAUGGAAUCAAUACAAUAUUGUGCUGAGUGCAGUUAAGAAGGCUAAUUUAGAAAUGUUAAAAUAUGCUCACAAAAAUGGAUGUGAAUUUAUUGACAUAACUACUAUGGUUGCAGCCUUAAACGGUAAUUUAGACAUUUUAAAAUAUGCUCAUGAAAAUGGAUGUCCAUGGGAUGAAAACACAAUAUUAGCUGCUGUUACUAAAGGCGAAGUAGAAUGUUUAAAAUAUGCUCACAAAAAUGGAUGUCCGUGGGAUGAAAUGACAACAAUAGCAGCUGCUGCUAAUGGUCAAAUGAAAUGUUUAAAAUAUGCCCAUGAAAAUGAAUGUCCGUGGGAUAAAAGGACAACAGAAGCAGCUGCAUCUAAUGGUAAAUUAGAAUGUUUAAUAUAUGCCCAUGACAAUGGAUGUCCUUGGGAUGAAUUGACAACAUUAGAAGCUGCAUCUAAUGGUAAUUUUGAAUGUUUAAAAUAUGCCCAUGAAAAUGAAUGUCCUUGGAAUGAAAAUAUAACAGAAGCAUGUGCUAUUAAUGGUAAAUUAGAAUGUUUAAUAUAUGCCCAUGACAAUGGAUGUCCUUGGGAUGAAGAUACAAUACUAGAAGCUGCUUCUAGUGGUAAAUUGGAAUGUUUAAAAUAUGCCCAUGAAAAUAAAUGUCUGUGGGAUGAAAGGAUAACAGAAGCAUCUGCUUCUAAUGGUAAAUUAGAAUGUUUAAAAUAUGCCUAUGAAAAUGGAUGUCCGUGGGACGAUAGAACAACAAUAGCAGCUGCUUCCAAUGGUGCAUUAGAAUGUUUAAAAUAUGCUCAUGAAAAUGAAUGUCCAUGGGAUGAAAUCGCAACAAUAUUAGCUGCUGCAAAUGGUAAAUUAGAAUGUUUAAAAUAUGCCCAUGAAAAUGGUUGUUUGUGGGACGAAAGAACAACAAUGGCAGCUGCUUCUACUGGUCAAAUAGAAUGUUUAAAAUAUGCCCAUGAAAAUGGAUGUCCGUGGGAUGAAAUGACAACAAUAGCAGCUGCUGCUAAUGGUGAAAUUGAAUGUUUAAAAUAUGCUCAUGAAAAUGAAUGUCCGUGGAGUAAAAAUACAACAGAAGCAGCUGCUACUAAAGGUGAAUUGGAGUGUUUAAAAUAUUCUUAUGAAAAUGGAUGUGAUUGGAAUCAAAUCAAUAUUGUGGCAAUUGCUAUUACAAAUGAUAAUCUAGAAAUUUUAAAAUAUGCUAACGUAAAUUUAAUGGAAUGGAACAAAAUCUUCACUACUCUAGCUGCUAUUGAAGGUAGUAUAAAGAGUUUACAAUAUGGCCAUGAAAAUGGAUGGCUGUGGGAUGAAAGAACAACAGAAGAAGCAGCUAGAAAUGGUAACUUAGAAUGUUUAAAAUAUGCCUUUGAAAAUGGAUGUCCAUGGAAUGAAAGCACAACACAAGCAGCUGCAUCCAAUGGUAAAUUAGAUUGUUUAAAAUAUGCUCAUGAAAAGGGAUGUCCGUGGGAUGAUAGCACAACAGAAGCAGCUGCUUCUAAUAAUGGAUUGGAAUGUUUAAAAUAUGCACAUGAAAAUGGAUGUCCGUGGGAUGAAAAUACAACAGAAGCAGCUGCUUCUAAUAAUGGAUUGGAAUGUUUAAAAUAUGCACAUGAAAAUGGAUGUCCAUGGGAUGAAAGCACAACAAUGUCAGCUGCAUCUAAAGGUAAUUUAGAACACAUAAUAUAUGCUCAUGAAAAGGGAUGUCCGUGGGAUGAAAGCACAACAAUAGAAGCUGCUGCUAAUGGACAUUUGAAAUGUUUACAGUAUGCUCAUGAAAAUGGAUGCCCAUGGAAUGAAAUGACAUCAGAAGCAGCUGCCCAAAGUAGUGAUUUAGAAUGUUUAAAAUAUGUUUAUGAAAAUGGUUGCAAAUGGGAUGAAGCCACAACUAGAGCUGCUGCAGCAAUUGGUAGUUUUGACUGUUUGAAAUACGCCCAUGAAAAUGGAUGUAUUUGGGAUGAGAGUACAACUAAAGCUGCUGCAGCAAGUGGUUGCUUCGACUGUUUAAAGUACGCCCAUGAAAAUGGAUGUUAUUGGGAUAAAAGUACGACUAGAGUUGCUGCAGCAAUUGGUAGUAUCGACUGUUUAAAGUAUGCCCAUGAAAAUGGAUGUAUUUGGGAUAAAAGUACAACUAGAGUUGCUGCAGCAAAUAACUGUAUGGAAUGCUUGGUAUAUGCUCAUGAAAAGGAAUGUAUUUGGGAUGAAUAUACAAUAGUUUUUGCAGCUAUGCAUGGUAAUUUAGAUUGUCUUGAAUAUGCCCAUAGACAUGGAUGUGAUUGGGUUGAAGGUACCACAAGAGCGGCUGCAGCAAAUGGACAUUUAGAUUGCCUUAUGUAUGCCCAUGAAAAUGGUUGUGAGUGGGACGAAGGAACAAUAAGGGAAGCUGCUGCUAGUGGUUAUAUUGACUGUUUGAUAUAUGCAAGUGACAAUGGGUGUAAAUGGGAUGAAGGAACAAUGAGUGGAGCUUCUGCAAAUGGUCAUUUAGACUGCCUAAAAUAUAGUCAUUUAAAUGGGUGUGUGUGGGAUGAAAAUACAACAAGACUUGCUGCUUCUAAAGGUCGAUUUCAGUGUUUAAAAUAUGCCCAUGAAAAUAAUUGUCCUUGGAGUAGAGGAACCAUAUAUGAAGCUACUCGACAUAAUUUUACAUUUAUAAUCGACUAUGCUAUCAAAAAUAGCUGCCCUAGUUAAUUUUCUGUUGAAAUAAUGUUAUUUGUAUUGUAUUCAUCUAUGUUAGUUAUUAUUAAUUUAUUUUCUUUUAAUAAAAUGAGUUGAACUUUAAUGUGUAUCUGAA